GCACGCUUUUCACAUCUGCACCGAUGAGCAACACUUUAGGUCGCCACGAGAACCCACUUUCUGUUCCCUUGCGAUUACCUCGAACGGGACAUGCGCAGGACACAGCUGGCAUAUGUACAACCAGCAUGCAAUAUUCUCAUCCUCUUCCCCGAGAUCAACCGUUUUCUUCCUCACGACUUCCGUUGCUUACUCGCCCUGUUCUCGCAUAUAGACACGAAAUGAACGAUAACUCAACCCUCUCUUCACCACUGAGCUCAUGCAGGAAUCUUCAAGUCCCUAAGCACCCCGUUGACUCAUUUCCAUAUCAGGAUCACAAGUCUUCUAGACUCAACGCUCAACGUGUUCGUGAUUUCCCAGCUGCAACCGUUCCAGUUGUCCCCAAUCACUUGUAUACGCGCACAACUCCGCAGCAUAUAUGUCCUCCUCUUACUGGGGCUCCCGUCUAUGGACUCCCUGCAAAAACGCGCAUACAUUUCCCUUAUCGCUCCAGUCGCCUCAAUCCGAGGAAUCUCACAAACACUCUUUCUCCUUUUUGCCCAGCUACAACUCGUUUACCACCACCACCACCACUGCAUCUUUCCCGUCCCAUUUUCGAAGGCUACUCAAAGGCUUCUACUGAAUCCACCAAAGUUCCACUUGCUUCCCUUCCCUCCUUUUCUCUCCCUUUCAACAAUGGAAUGGUGCAAACAUCAUCGCCCAUCAUUCCUGGCCAGCCCCUUCCUGACCUCUCAAGUUCGAAUCUGGACUAUUGUCGCCCAAAUCAUGUACAACGAUACAUGAAUCAGGACUCGGAAAAUGUCGAUCCAGCAACCCGGAUGCAUAUAUUUCGACAGGCUCAAGAGCUUUUCUCGGAGAAGAUUGAAGCCCCAGUGCCUGUUCGGUAUCACGACAUUGCAGUUCAAUCAUUAAAGACGCACGCAGCCAAUAUGAACAACGACAUCGGAUUUUUGGGACUGUUGAACAGCAAUAAGCUUGGGGGCUCAGUGGUAGGAGAAAAUGCAUUGAAUGGGGUAGCUACAGCAGGGAUUUCUGACACUAGAUCGAUCGGACCAUGGGCUCCUGAACCUACUCCACGCAAUUCUGCUGCCGCUACCUUGGGCGAUCAAAGGAAGGAAAGGGGAGAAACGAAAAAUACCCCGGCAACGGAGCAUGCAGCUGAUCAAGUUGAAGAUGAAACUGAAUCAACCUCGAAUGUUAAUCCUACGUUAACUGAUCGAAUAAAUUCCUAUGAUGCAUUGAAGCUUGCUUCUCCCAAUACGCUCAUAGCAUUGACGGAACCGUUCUUGUUGGAGUGGUGCUUCGAUCAACAGAAGAUCGAUAGAUUAGCUGCGAUGCCGAGCCUGGAAGGUCUGGAAGGGUAAAAUUUCGGUUCGUUAUCCUUAUUGCACUAGUCUUUCUUACCACAAUGG